AUGAGUGAAGAUUCCAUAUUUUUCCGGCAAGCUGCUGAAGCGUUGGUAGCAACGAGUUUGAACAGCGCGAACGUCGAUCCAACCAUAAAAGAGCUAUUGAGUCGCUUGAAGUAUGUAGACUCUCAAAAAUCGAUCGCUCGGGCUCCUCAGCAAAUCAUUGCUCCGGAGAAUAAAAACGUUCUGAACUAUUUCGACCAACUACUCAGCAACCAUGAUAUCGCUUCACCAUCGACAGAAUCGUCUUUGCACGGCUCGUCUGAUUAUACAGCAAACAAGAAGAGGAAACGUUUCGAGACUGUGGAACCUGUUCGUAGAGAUGACACCAAAGACAGACACAAGGCUAACAACAGUGGUACCGGGUCUGCAGACGAUGAGGGCAAGAAGUUCCCCUGUGCCAAAUGUGAGCUUGUUUUCAGGCGAUCGAGUGAUUUAAGAAGACAUGAAAGGGCUCAUCUGCCGAUACUGCCCAACAUUUGCUCGCUUUGCGGCAAGGGCUUUGCUCGCAAAGACGCACUUAAAAGACAUUUUGACACCAUGACGUGCAAAAGAAAUAGAGAAAAGCUUCUCAGCAUAGGCGGGGACAUCAACGAUAUACUGGAAAAGGCGAGGCUAAACGGGGCCAAGGUAUGA